CCAAUGGCAAGAGUCAACCAAACCAGCAGUGUCUCUGAGUUCAUUCUCCUGGGACUCUCUUCCCGGCCUGAAGACCAGACAUCCCUCUUUAUCCUCUUCCUCACCAUGUACCUGGUCACCAUAAUCGGGAAUCUACUCAUCAUCCUGGCCAUCCACUCUGACCCCCAGCUCCAGACCCCCAUGUAUUUCUUCUUGAGUUUCCUGUCCUUCACUGACAUUUGCUUUACAACAACCGUUGUCCCCAGGAUGCUAGUGAACUUCCUGUCAGAGAAGACCAUCUCCUAUGCUGGGUGUCUGACACAGAUGUAUUUCAUUUAUGCUCUGGGCAACACUGACAGCUGCCUUCUGGCGGUCAUGGCCUUUGACCGCUAUGUGGCCAUCUGUGACCCCUUCCACUAUGUCACCACCAUGAACCACCACCGCUGUGUCCUGUUGGUGGCCUUUUCCUUCUCACUUCCUCACCUCCACUCACUCCUACACACACUGCUGCUGAAUCGCCUCAUCUUCUGUGACUCCAAUGUCAUCCAUCACUUCCUCUGUGACCUCAGUCCUCUGAUGAAGUUGUCAUGCUCCCCCACCUUUGCCAAUGAAAUUGUGAUACUGUCAGAAGGUUCUGUUGUUUUGGUGACUCCCUUUCUGUGCAUUAUUUUCUCUUAUCUACGAAUCCUCAUUGCAGUUCUCAAGAUCCCCUCAGCUGCUGGGAAACGCAAAGCCUUCUCCACCUGUGGCUCUCACCUCACCGUGGUAGCUCUCUUUUACGGAAGCAUCUUCUAUGUCUAUUUACAGCCCCUGUCCACCUACACUACCAGAGACCACAUAGCAACACUUGUCUACACAGUUCUGUCCUCCAUGCUAAACCCUUUUAUCUACAGUCUGAGAAACAAAGACCUGAAACAGGGCCUGAGGAAGCUGAUGGGCAGGAGGAAGUCCCAGGCAGUACCCUCUUGA